UGUGUUCCGACAGUCUACCGUUAGUCCGUCCUCAGAGUUCAAGCCAUUCAGACGUGGUUUAAAACAAAAAAGAGAAAGAAACGACCAAACCAAAGAAACAAACCAAACGUUGAAGUGUGUUUUUAUUAGAAGUUAAUAAAAAAAAGAAAGCAAACAAAACAACAAAAAAGCAAAGGCAAAAAAAAAACAGAAGAAAGGCAAAAGAAGAAAGUAAAUAAUAUGUGAGAAAAGAAGGAGUGGAAGAAAAGUGAAAGUUGCUAAACAAUAACAACAAAACGAAAUAUAAUGCUGGGUCAUUAAUCCAUUUAAUGUCCUCCACGGCUCAAAAGAGAUAUUGGCCAAAGAAAAAAAGAAGAAGUGUCACUCUCUAUUCUGGAAGAAUGAGUAGCAGUUAAAACAAAACGAAAAACAAAAACAAAUAAAAAAAUUGCAAACUUUGGAAAGGCUGGCCGGCUGGUGGAAUGGGUUGGCAUAAAUAAAUAAAUAAAUAAUUGAAUUAAAAAAAUGUUAUACUGAAAUUAAACAAAGCCAACUAUAUAAACCAAAAUACAGUAAUAAAACAACAAGAAAUCCUUAAUUAAAACGAAAAAGAUAAAAAAACGAAACAAAACUAAAAUUCGAAAUCAGCUUUAGCAGCGGCAACAACAUUUUGCAGCCUGUCAACUAAUCGGCUUUAAAAUUAACAAAAAAGAAAUGAACAAAAAAUAAACUCCAGCAUUUUCGUGUUGUGAAGGAUAAUAACCACAAAACAACAGCAACUAAAAAAACAACAAUAGCUCAACCACUAACCAAAGGAAUAACAACAGAAAAUUGCAGCUGCCAGACGUUUUGCAUGGAUGACAGUGUCGCCACAUAACCUUAACCAUAUGUACAUACAUAUAUUCUCUGCUGGUUUGACGUUACGCCUAUAAGUCAACUGAUAUUGGCAGCUUUAUUCCUGGAAGUCAUCACAUCCCACAAAAAACUACUGUCAUCCAUUUGAGGUGUUCGUGUGUGCCUGUUUGUGUUCUUUUUGGGGUAUAUUGGAUCAGGUGACUUAUGGUGUCAUCACCUCGGCCAUUAUUCAGUAGCGAGUGCUGUAUGACGCCACAACCGUAUCACAAGUUCGAAACAUGUUUUCAUUGUCAAUCAAGUCAAUCUGUCAUUCAUUGAAUGGCUAUAAAAAAGGAGCCACUCUCGUCGAGGAGGAAGACUUUAAUGAACUUACCGCCGUACCCACAACUACCACCCACAUUGUGAUAGCAGCAGCAGCGCCAGCAGACAGCAGCAGUACCAGCGAGCCAAACAGCAAGACGAGCCGGCACUUGCCACCCCUUAAACUCAAACAGUCGAUUUCGGCCCAGGGGCCCUGUUCGACCAUUGCAGCCUCGGUGAGAAAUGUGCUGCAACGUCAACAGGCCUCCACAGCAGCAACAAGUCCAACAACAACAACAGCAGCAGCACAAAACAAAAGUAAACGCAGCGCAACAUCAACGAACAUAACGCCUCAAACGAGUGCCGAAAGUCAACCGAACGAAACGACACCGCUUGUGGUGACACCGCAGCAUCCAGCUGAAGAGCCCCCGGCAUAUGCGGCCAACUCAACAUCGUCGACCAAUUCGCCCAACAACAGCAUAAACACGACCUACUACCAACAAGCCGCCCCUAACGCCGCCACCACCACUACCGCCACCGUUGCCUCCACUGCCACCAACGCCGGAACAACGCCAACAGCCACAACCUACACCACCUAUUCCCACAACUCGAAGACGACCCGCUCCUGGCCGGUGAUCUAUCGCAAUCCCCAUCACUACGACUACGAGGCCUUGUAUGCGAACGCACCCAAGGGCCCCUCGCAGUACCCGGCGGCCGUUGUCUCAUCGUCGUUCAAGCAGAACUGCUAUUCGAAUCAAUUCAAACAGUCGAUUGUCUACUCGUCCAGCAAUGAGGACCUAAGCACAAUCAAUGAAUAUCCGGCAGAUGGUGCGGUGGCUCAGGGUAAUGGUGGUAGAAGCAGUAGUCUCAUCGGUUGUGGUGGUGGCUAUAACAAUAACAACAACAGCAGCAGCAACAGCAACAGUUCCGCAAAAUACAGUCAGCAGCAGCAGCAGCAACAACAAACAACUUGUUACUAUUUUUCACCCUCUCGCCACAACAGCAUUUAUGAGCAUCCCUCGGCUGUGGUCGCCAGCUCACUACAAUACGAUCCGCACAGUUCGUCGGCCGCAGCUAUUGAAUCGUUGCGUCGCAGCAACAGCAUUCUGUUGCGGAACAGCAGCUGUUCUUCGAAAAUAAUGAUGCACCAAUCGACACGGGGUGGCGGUGGCGAUCUGGACAGUCCCACAUCGCUCAAUUCGGCCAUGGAUGUGACCAGUACCGUUGGCGGAUCAAAUUGUUGCUCAAGUUGUUGCAUGGGCCCACCGCCUUUGCUCUUCCUCUUCGUAACGCUGCUGAUGACGACCAGUGCCACAGCAAUGCUAUGCGCUGCCAUAAUGACCGAUCACUGGGAGCAUGUGAAAUGGGAUCGAGCGAGUCUGGAGCGAUACUCGAAUCGUUCGAAUUUGCAAUUGGAAUGGAUAAUGGAGGAUACAGUGGCCAUGCUGAAACCGGACAAGAGAGCUGAUCAUCGUUUUCGACGUGACAAUCUCUUUCUGGUGCCAAUGCAUGGCGGCAUUUGGACCCUUUGUAUAGAUUUACCCCUACACGAGAUACAAGAACUGAGAAGACAUCCGAAAUUUCCACGUAGCGCACCGACAUGUCUCAACUAUUUGGCCGGAUCGAUGGAGAAUGCUCGUGGCGAGGAGCAACGUAACGAUUGGCAACAUAGUGAGUCACAGACCACCUUGCAGCCUCAUCUAAGAAUGCAAAAUUUGUCAAUUUCCUGUUCACUGGUAUGCCUGAUAAUACUGGGCAGUGCAGCUUUGGUGGGGGCCUUUGGGGUUUGUCAACGGCAGAUAAGUGCAAUUCUGAUAACGGGAGUUAUGUAUUUAUUAGCAGCAUUAUUUGCAUUAUUCACGUUAAUGAUAAUACACUUUAAGCGACAACAAGGAAGGCCCAUGCUGGACAGUGACUAUGAUGGCACAGUGGAUGGCAUUGUGGCCCGCCCAGGAGGACCGGCAAUUAUGGCCAAGAACUUACUGGGGGCCCGGGUAUUUCUAACAUCCUGGAGUUUGGACUUGGGCUGGGGUGGUGUGGUUUUGUGUGCCAUAACCUCAGUUUUGUGGAUACUAUUAUCAAAGAUAAUGCGUUACAAUCCAUUUUCAACGUUAAUGAUUUAAGGACAACCAAUCCCAUAACACAUACAGAAGGUGUGGUUUCCACAGCCAGUACACUCUAUGAGAUUAAAGUUCUGUUGCAAAGUUCUGCUUGAACUUGGAACAAAAGAACUUAAAAUAAACUGUGUUCUUCUUCAGCACUUAUUUUUUGCCAGUUGAAGAAGAAGCAGAAUGUUUGGAAAAAAGUUUAUGGAUUGAUGAUGAGAGUUUUUGAAAGCCAUUUUCAUCAAUGCAAGUUUUCGAGUACCUUAAGAUUUAUUAACAAAACAAAGAAGACGAAAGAAAACAAACAAACACAACAAAAUGGGAAUUAUAUUAUUAAAUAAGCUUUUCAUUUACAGAGGAAAAACAAAACAAAAAAUCAGCAAAUUAACUUCUAUAAAAACAAUUCAAUAGCAUUAAGUAUUUGGGUAGAGGAAUUUACAACAAAACCAAAAAAACAAAAACAAAUUUUAUGACAAAUUAAUUAGCAAAAAAAACAAAACAUCAUCCAAGCAACAAUUUGUAGCCUGAAAUGCUAGAGAGAUACUAUCUAUUAACAUUUGUAAAAAGUAUAGCCAAAAGCCAAGCUAAAUUUCCUUUCGAACGAACGAACAGCAGUCCUUGGUGGAUGUCAAGAAAAAAACACAAUUUCUUCAACUGCAUCAAUUAUAUAUUUACAAAAAAAAAAAAAAAAAAACGAAAAUUAAAACAAAAAUUAAUUUUAAAUUAACAAACACAAACAACAAAAGAACCAAUUUGCUUAUUCAAACGUUUUGAAACUAAUCUGUUAACAUACUUUUAUUUAAAUUUUAAGCUUUAUAUUUCAAUUUAUAUUGUUAAUGUUUAACAUAACAAUGCGGCAUAUUUAAAUAAUUGAUAAUUGGUCCAUAGCAGGCCUAUUUGGAACGUAUUUAAUAAUUAUUAAAUAAAAUAUAAUAUAUUUUUUUUAACUUAAGAUCCGUAAUGCUCUUAAAAAUAUGGAGGGCUUAGGAAUGGACGCUAGAUAUCGGAAAUAUCUCAAGCAGGAAUCUGUCGUGAAAUUCUUGGGUAUUUUAUUAACAUUCAUGUAUGAAUCAAGUCUAUAUUGGGGCAUGUUAACGUUAGAGCUUUUUUCCGGUUUAACCUUGGUUAUGAAGAUUUAUUUUAGGUACACACAAUGGAAUUAAAAAUUAUAGCCGUCUGGGUUUUCUAAAUCUUUUACAAGUUAAAGGUAACAUUACAUUUCUUUAGAUCAUGUAUGUCCUUCCUGACACGCCGGGUUUGGGUGCUUCCAACAAUAACACCCAAGCAGGUAGUGCAACGAAAGCAUACGAUUAUGCUGACGAACGGGAAGAACCUUCACCUCCGCAUGUAGAUGGUCCACUGGUGUCAUGACGAGCCACCAGUCCUCAGGGCAGCAUUCUGGCAGGUUUGGAUGUUCUUCCAUUGCGUGUUGGCUUCCCUCUCUUGAUCAUAUAAGUCCUUUCUGAUACGCCUGGUUUGGAUGUCUCCAACGAUAACACCCAAGGUACUGCAGGGACUGCAAUGAAACCAUAUGAUUAUGCUGACGAACGGGAAGAAUAUUCACUUCCCCAUGUAGAUGGUGUCAUGAUGAGGCACUAGUUCUCAGAGCAGCAUUCUGGCAGGUUUGGAUGUUCUUCCACUGCGUGUUGACCUCCCUCUCUUGAUCAUGUAUGUCCUUCCUGACACGCUUGGUUUGGGUGUCACCAACGAUAACACCCAAGCAGGUACUGCAACGAAACCAUAUGAUUAUACUGACGAACGGGAGAGAGGGCCUUCGGCAUGUAGUAGAUGGACCACUGAUGUUAUGAUGAGGCUCCAGUUCUCAGGGCAGCAUUCUGGCGGGUUUGGUCAUUUUGAUUUGAACAUGCUGUCAAAUGUGAUCCAUACAAUCUUGGAAUAGUUCGCCUUCAGAAUUAUAUUUUUCUAGACCUGUACAUUCACCUCUGUUUUCAUCUCCGCAAACCAAUCAACAAACAUAAGAUCUUUAUGGGCAAGGAAUUCUGGAAAGGUAUACGUUAUACAAUUUCAGAAAUAUCACCCACCCCGGAGAACUUCCUGUUUCACACUACGGGGUUUUGGACACCUUGUUCCGGAAUUCCACGCCAAAUCUUCUAAAAUACCAAAUUUGAAAUAAUUUCGUGGGUAAAUGUGACUAGGAUCAUCCAAAUACCGAAUAUUGUGGACCUAACUAUUCAAUGUUCUGGGGCUGGAGCAAGAACCCAUUAUGAAACCCGUGGAAAAUGUGUAUCCGGAGAUACCUUUAAAUGGGGGGCUACCGGAAUUAGUGAUUUUAGAUUAGCAACGUUCAGCAGCUACAGGAAAUAGAACGCAUUGCACACUCUAAGUGCCUGAACACUUUUGUUGGAAAAUGUGGCUAAAAUUAUUAAAAUACCAAAUAUCGGGAGAUGUCGUAGUUAUGGGUAUUAUAUGGCGACACGGGGACCUAUAUAGGCAAUGUUUCUUGCCGCAAGAGGUAUUCAAAAUUGCGUAGAUAUUUGCUCAUAUUUUUCAAAGCAAGUACGACUACUAUUCAUCAAUCAUUUCAAAAUUCUUUUUUGGGACUACUCAUUUUGACUUCCUCGCCAAAGGUGUUUCUGUGUUCUGAACUCAAAUACUUUAAAUGUAACCUUAUCUCAUAGUUUUCAACAAUUUAAAUAUGCCGCAUUACAAAUAACUCUAUCAAAAAACUCUACAAAAUGCCUUGUAAAUUUAAUUAAAACCUCUGUGAACAAAAUUCGAAAUUAAAACGAAGCUAUUUUCAUAAAUUUGUAUAAGCUUUUUUUUUGCAAAUUUUUAUAUAGAUUUAAUACUCAAAACAACAACAAUAACCCAAAUAGAAUUCUUGCUUAAAGCUCUAUCAAUAUCGAAUGUAUUUAUUAUUCAACUAUCUUUAAUAUUCAUUAAUAUUUAUUUUAAUGUGCAACAAAGUUAUUGUGUGCAAAAAAAAUGAAAACUAUAACCAAAGCGAAUCAAAGGCCUUUAUUUUUCAAAAACUUAUUUAUUAAAAAAAACUAUACAAGAAAUACUCAAAGAAAAUAAUUAUAUUUUUAUUAAAUAUUCCCAGAACAAGAAGAGAAAAACAAAAAAAAAACAAAUCUAGUCUAUUCCAAUGUAAUUAAAUGCAGAUUGUCUCUAUAUAGUUCAUCAUAUUAUCAAAAUAAUAAAAUUGAAUUACAAAAAUUUUCCAUUUUGUUUGCUGCAAAAAUUGUU